CUUGAAAAGAAAACACUUGUCAAAUGGAGUGAUGAUCGUUGUCGUGUCAGCUUUCCGAUAAUAUUUUUAAUUAUAUUAAAUUCGUUAAAUAAUAUCUCUAUUGUAGCCGUACUUAGUUAGUAGGACUUUAUUCUUCAUAUCAUGGCGCCGUCUACUGACUGGGAUGAGAUAAAAAGAUUAGCAGCUGAUUUUCAAAAAGCGCAGCUUAGUUCGACGUCCCUGAGGUUGUCUGAGAGAAACUGUAUAGAGAUUGUCACAAAAUUAAUAGAAUUAAAAUUAAUUGAUGUUAUUUUUACUACUGAUGGAAAAGAAUAUCUUACUCCACAACAACUUAUUAAAGAGAUAAAGGAUGAACUGUAUGUGCACGGUGGUCGCAUCAAUACUGUUGAUGUUGCUAAAGAGUUAAAUGUUGAUCUGAACCAGAUUAACAACAGUGUCGCAGAAAUCAUUAAAGGAAAAGAAGUACAGCUGGUUUCUGGGUAUCUGAUAGCUCAUUAUUAUCUAGAAAAAGUUGCAAGAGAAGUAAAUGAAAAAUUACAACUUCAAGGACAAAUAUCGGUUGGGGAGUUAACUCUACAGUAUGACUUACCAGCAGAGUUAUUGCAACACAAUGUGUUGGAGAAAUACUUAGGUAAAAUAAUUUUUGGGAAACAAGAUCCCUCUGAGCCGAGGACAUUCUAUACUGAAGAAUACAUCACGAGGACUAAGGCUAAGAUUCGUGGAGCUUUGAUGGGUCUCUUGAAGCCAACACCUGUAGCUGUUAUUGUAAACCAUUGCAACUUGUCUGACCGGUUGUUCUCAUCCUUGUUUGAUCAACUGAAUGCUCCUGGAGUGCUGACAGGGCGACAGGCUGGAGCUCUUUAUGUGCCAUCAUGUUAUACAAAAUCACAAAAUGAUUGGGUUAUGAGCUUUUACAAGCAAAAUAAUUACUUGGAAUAUGAUGCUUUAUCUCGUUUAGGGAUAUCUGAUCCCAAAGGUUAUGUUAAGCGUACUUUAACAAAUGAAGACUUAACUUUCCUAAGCAGUUGUGUAAUUGGUUCACAUAUUAAGCAACAAUUAGAAACUGCUCUAGAAGAAUGCAUAUCUUCUAAAAGUUAUUUGGAUGUUGUUUCUUUGUUGCCAUCUGUUUUAACUGACACUGACAUAGAGAAUGUUCUAGAUUCUCUUUUGAAGAACUCUAAAUCUACAAUACUAUUUGAAAAUACAGUUUUCAGUAAUUACUACAUCGAAAAUUUGAAGCAAGCCUGCAUACCCAUGACACAGCAAAAAGCCGAAGCGGUUGUGAAAUCGGGUAAAUACCAACAGUUCUGUUUGGAGAAGCAAAUAAAUAAAGCUGCAGAAUUCGCUCAGACAAGCCAUGUAGACCAUAAAGCCGAAAGACGUGAGGAGCGUAGGAGAAAGGCUGCAUCAGGAAAGGGAGGGGGUGGUACUCAAGGAAGAGAGACUAAAACCAAAGCUGUUAAGAAACAUGCUAGGGGUAAACAGAACGCUCAUGAUUCUGACUCUGAUGAAGGACCCAGCGUAACAAAGAAACCUCAAGCUCAGUUAGAGAUUAUUUCUGUUGAUGAUGUGGAAAAUAUAAUCAAAGAAACUCUUGAGAAUGAAGGUUUAGAAGACUUGCUGACUCGCAUAGCAGAACAUUUGCAAGGGGGCCUCAACCAAACAGGUUUGAACAUAGCUAAAGAAACUGCAGAAAAAUUACUUCAAGAUGCUAAUCAAAACAGGAAACAAACACAUACUUCUGCUCAAGACAAAAUUAAUAUUUUGGUCAAUGACAUUAAACUUUAUGAAAAAGGUUUAAAAUCUUUGCCAUCUGAUCAGCAGUCACAAUUUGUGAAAUAUUUACUGAAAUCACUUGGAGGCGAUAUUCUUGCUGAAUUCUGCAAAUAUGCUGCAAACCAAUGCAAUAUCACAGUGCCAGCAGAUGUUUUGACAGUAGAACAAAGAAACAAAAUUAUUAAUGACCUAUCAGAAGAAUUUACUAAGCCGCUGGUUUCUUUGAAUGCAACAUUAUCUGAUCAAAACAUGGAAUCAUUCUUCCAAGCAGUUGAUGUGUGCCUAUCAGAGAUGGGUAUGAUAUUGAAGAAAGUUGACAAAAAGAAAGACAAACUCUUAAUACAAAAUCAUAGGGAGAAGUUAAUUUCGGAGCUUGAAAGCUGUGAUGACCCAGCACUAAGUCUGCAUAUGGCAGUGUUGGCAAUUUUUACAAUUGUUACUCAAAGUAUGCUACAUGCAUCUGGUCGACAAGUACCCAUAAUCAUAUCAUUUUUGAAGACUCAUCUUAAAGAAGAAGACUAUGAGCGACUGCAGUUAUGGCAUGAAUUGGUGUCAAAAUAUUUGACAUCUAGUGAAGAAGACAAAACCGACGUUGAAGAAAAACUCAGCCAAGAACUGCCUUUACUGAAAAAUAUGGUUCAAGAGAUUAAAAAAUAUAAGUGAAUCUUAAUUACGUUACAUUUUGUUAAGGGUUUGGUGACAUCCCAAAUAUAUUUUUGUUAAUUUCAAACAA